AUGGCGCAUGUCGGGGGCGUCAUCGCCUCGGCCAUCCUGGGUGUCGUGAGCAAACAGAUCAUGUCCGCCAUCAAAGGGCAGAUCAAGCUGCAGUGGAACUUCGUGAGCGACCUACAGAAGAUGAGAUCGUCGCUGCAGACGGUGGAGGCCCUGCUCGAAGACGCUGAGAGGCGGUCCAUCACGGAUCUGGCGGUGCGUCUGUGGCUGGGGCGGCUCAAGGACGCUAUGUAUGAGAUCUCUCACAUGAUCGAUGAUUUCGAAGUCAACAGCGAACCUGCUGCACAAAAGUGGUACCCUCAAACAACUGUUUCGAGGUUGAAAAUGGCCAAUAAGAUGAAGAACAUGAGAGAGCAGUUGAAGGGGAUCACAGAAGACCGCAUUCCUUUCACUUUCAUGCAAGAAACUGCCCCUCGCGUGCAGGAAGUCUGUUACAACCGGGAAACAACAGCGGCUGUGACGGAAGCACGAGUCGUAGGGAGGGAUAAGGAAAAACUGGAAAUCAUGGCUCGUUUGUCUGGGAGCAUCACAAAAGAGAUCACCAUCCUUCCGAUAUAUGGUAUUGGAGGCAUUGGGAAGACAACCAUGGCACAAUUAGUUUUCAAGGAUUCGGAGUUCAAAGAGUACUCUCGGGUGUGGGUCUAUGUGUCCGAGACAUUUGAUUUGAAGAAAAUUGGGAAUUCUAUAAUAUCACAACUAUCCAAUAGCAAUAGUCAGUAUACCGACCUUCAGAUGAUAGAAAAUAACCUUCAAACGCACCUUUCUGUUAAAAGCGUACUAAUCAUCUUAGAUGACCUGUGGGAGAGGGAACCGCAUCAGUUAGAAAGGUUGAAGACUAUGCUAGAGCUGGGUGAAGGGAGCAAAGUAGUGGUGGUAGUAACCACACGAGAUGAAUAUAUUGCACAAAAAAAUCAGACGGUGGGGCCAUAUAAGCUAGCUCCCUUGACAGAUGACAUUUGUUGGACUAUCAUAAAAGAUAAAACUUCCUUUGAAGCUAGAACUGACAGAGCGCUGUUAGAGCUGGUCGGGAUGGACAUUGCAAAGAAGUGUGCAGGCUUGGCUUUAGCAGCCCGGUCUAUUGGGUAUAUGUUGGACUCUAUGGAAUUUGAUGAAUGGGUGUCGGUGAACAACAGUGAGUUGUGGGACGUGCUUGCCUCAGAAGGAUAUUCACCUCAUCAUGUGCAUGCAUCCUUGCUACUAAGCUAUCGCAGUAUGAGUUCAUACUUGAAGCUAUGCUUUGGCUAUUGUGCAAUCUUCCCAAAAGGUCACUUUAUAGCUAAAGAAGUUCUAGUUCACCAAUGGAUUGCUCUUGGACUUGUGGAGCCACUGAGGGCACUCUCUAAUAAAUAUAGCAGUGAUAAAUAUAUUAAUCAGCUUUUAGGCAUGUCCUUCCUUGAACAACCAAAGUUGCCAUGGCUUGGGGACGACGGCAGUAUAUUCUUUAUCAUGCAUGACCUGGUGCAUGAUCUUGCAAGAUCAGUCAUGGCUGAUGAAAUUGACAUAGAUGUUCCUACCUGCCGAUAUGCAUGGCUGACAGAUCAGAGAAAGCUAUUUAAUUCAGCAGUGAUUCCACUCGCCAAGAUAAGGGCACUACAUUUUCAUGAUCCUGGCAACUUUCAGCUUAAUGGUGAUGCAUUUUCACCAGCCAAAUGUCUCCGUGUACUAGAUUUAAGCAGGUACUGCACACAAGAGUUGCCUGAUUCUAUUGGUCAACUGAAACAGCUGAGGUAUCUUGAUGCUUCAUGGAAGCUCAAUUUUUCGGUAUCACCACCAGAAUCUAUAAGGAUACCAAAAGCUCUGGGUGCCCUUACCAAACUCCAAUAUUUGAAUUUAUCACGUCGCAGAGAACUCAUAGGCCUGCCAAAGGUCAUCAGCAAACUCAUGGAGCUCCGGUAUUUAAAUAUAUCAACCUGCACGGGUUAUCAUUCACUGGGCAUCCCUUCAGCAAAUCAAACUUUCAUUGAUUGUAUUGGUGCCCUUCCCAAUCUGGAGCAGUUGGACUUGUCUUUGAACAAUUAUGGUUUUAGUGUACCUGAAAGUUUUAGCAGCCUCAAGAAACUGAACCUCUACGGCUGCAAUCGGAUUGCUAGCAUUCCAGAAAAUGUGGCGAAAGUGGAUAUUCAGAGGCUUUUUGGCUUGUUGGAACCGGUGGGAAACGAAAACAUCGUGUUUAACGUGCGUGAAGGUUAUAGUGAAUCCAGCAGCACUCUUUUCUUUCUUAAUCAUACAAAUCCUAAUGUGUUGCACAUCUUCAAUCUUGAAAAUGUGAAGUCAGUAGAAGAGGCACGCAGUAUAAGGUUGAUGGAGAAACAGAACAUUGAAAGUUUGAGUUUGCUGUGGUGCAGACGUGUGGAUUAUCUGAAACACAUGGAGUUGCUGACAGAGCUAGUGCCACCAAUCAAUGUAAAGCAUUUGAGGAUAAUAGGUUACGUGGAUGCCAUCUUUCCAUACUGGGUAAUGGAUAUAAGCAAAUAUCUUCCUAAUCUUGUGAGCCUGGAGAUGUCGCAUUCGCCAUGCAGCAGCCUACCACCACUUGUCCAACUACCCAACCUACGCGAGAUUAUUCUCGGCAAUAUGAGUAACCUGCAAGAAUUUAACACAACAUACUCAAUGGGUGAGGAUGGUGCGAAUGAACUCUCGUUGCCUAAACUUGAAUAUCUGAAAAUGUACAAGUGCCCCAAGUUGAGGAUUAAACCGUGUCCGCCUAGAGCUGAGUACUGGCAUGUGUCGCAAUGUGACAACGUGCUAUCGUCGUGGGGAGAGUGUGCCUCAAGCACAUCUGCUUCCUCCUCAUCUUCUCCUGUGAAUAAACUGGAAGUUAAAUAUUCCAGUCUGCCUUUGCACAAGUGGAGAUUGCUUCACAACCUACCCGGCCUUAGUGAUUUAACUAUCGCCUAUUGCAAUGAUCUGACUAUCUCACCAGAGAUCGGCCGAGCCUUCACCUCUCUCGAAUCACUCUCCCUAGAAUUUAAUAGCCUGCAAAAUUUGCCAGAAUGGUUCAGUCAGCUCACAUCUCUUCGGCAGCUGAACUUAAAAGGCAUGCACUACCUACAGAAAUUGCACCUGAACUUGAGGCAACCUACGCAGUUGCAAUAUCUGAAUCUCGACAACUGUGAUACACUGGUGUUACUACCGCAAUGGUUAGGAGGACUCACCUUGCUGAAGACACUUGAGAUUCGUUUUUGCAAGAGCAUCAUCUCUUUACCGGAGAGAUUACUCAUCAAGCUCCAAGAACUUCGUAUUUCGAACUGCCCUCAGUUAUAUGAAUGUUUAUCAGCUGAAGCUAAGGACGAGUACGAGGUGAUCCAGAUGGAAUGUUCACGAUUCAGGAUGCCGGCCUUGAAGCUGUUCUGA